AUGAAAAAGAACCUGCUUGCUGAUGUUAGUGAACAGUACUUCAAAACAACUCCCGUAAAUGACUGGUCUUAUCUUGGAUACUUGGAUGCAAUGAAGCUGUACUUCUAUGAUUAUGCUUCAAUAGCCUCAAUAAAAUCUUCGUGGAGAAAAAGUUUCUUGGCUGUACUGAGGUUUUUUGAAAAGUGUCAAGAUCAAGAGAGAAGUAAGACAGCUACUUUCCUCAUAAAUGAGAAGAGCAAUAAACAAGAAAUAUCAGAGUAUUGGAAUCGUAUCGAACAAGAAAGAGCACUGAAGGCGAAACAAUUGGCUGUGAAAAAUAAAACACAAUCUUCUGCGUUAGAUAUGCCGAAUGUUGCAACCAGCAAUCAAACAAACCAAGUUAUUAAGUUGCUUGAAGAGGAAGAAUCGGAUGGGUCAUCAUCAAAAAACGCGAACUCUAAUCUAGAUCCAGAUGCGAGUGAAGAAGAUCAGGAAGAAGAGGAACCCAGAAUCCAAGCCAAUGUCAUCAACUUGUCAGCGUUCAUGGAUCCUCCGUAG